UAUAGCAGAAUAUCAGUUCCUGAUGGCGUUUUUCUUUGCAAUUGAUGAAAUUAACAAGGAUCCUCAUCUGCUUCCUAACAUUACUCUGGGCUAUCACUUAUUCAACACAUGUGGGUAUAAUAUGAAGGCGAUAGAUUCCAUUAUGAAGAUACUCACUGGUUAUAAGGGGAGAGCUCCAAACUACUCUUGUAUGGAAAUCCGUAAAGUCAUCGGUUUCGUAGGUGAUACCAAUUUCCCUUCAACCCUUGCCAUGGCGGAACUCUUAAACAUUUACCAAUACCCACAGAUCAAUCAUCGAGUUACUGAUCCUCUCCUGAGUGAUAGAGACAGAUUCCCCAACUUUUACCGCACUGUUCAGAAUAGCUUGGUUUGGUAUGAGAUGGUUGUAAAGAUCCUGAAUAUUAUGGGAUGGAAUUGGGUUGGAAUCAUCACAUCAAGCGAUGGCACUGGAGAAACAGAACUGCGGGAGCUGAGAAAGGAGAUGAUAAGCCAUGGGAUCUGCAUAGAAUUUGUCACUUACCUGUCCCUCGAUGUGAACAUUAACAGGCAGAGAAUGGUGGCCAUCAAGAAGUCAACUACCCAAGUCAUUGUAGUAUGUGGCCACUUUAUUUUCACAUAUAUCACAUUUUUUGAGGAAUUGAACGCCCUUAGACAAAAUAUCACCUUCAUCCUCAACGAGUCAUGGAACGUCCUUUCAUAUGAUGAGAUCAGCCUGAGGAAAACAUUUAACGGAAGCAUAAUACCUCUCCAUCUUCUCCGCUACGUUCCUGGAUUAGACGUUUACAUGCAAAAUGUACAUCCAUCCAAACGUCCAGCUGAUCCAUUGUUGGAAGACAUUUGGCUCAGGAGGUUUCAUUGUCUUUCUUCUAACAAAAACAAAAAUAAGAUAUUCCGGUCAUUAGGUCUCCUCCCCAAUGUCAGCUGCACUGGGGCAGAAAGGAUGGAUAACUACUAUAAUAACAAGAAUAACCCCAAAUAUUAUUUCAUCUACACGGCAGUAUAUGUUCUGGCUCAUGCUUUGAACAAUAUUCAACUAAGUGGAAACACAAAGUAUGGAUUAGGACAACUAAACAGAUACAUCCGGAGAGUUCUGUACACCAGCCCCAGUGGUGAGGAGAUCUUCCUUAAUGAUAGAGGGGAAUUGCCUUCCAAGAUGCUGUUAACAAACAUUAUCUACGACGAUCCGAGACCCGGGCAGUUCUUUUACAAGGCAUACGUUUUUGCAACCAGUAAAACUCUAGAAACAGCAAAGAAACCCGAAGAUUUGAGGGGACAGUUGCAGUGGAGAGACGGCAAAACUCCCCAUGCUCAGUGCAAUGAUCCCUGUCCUCCAGGAUACAGGAAAGGUCCAUCUGGAGGAAUCCAUGCUUGCUGCUAUCACUGUGUGCCGUGUUCUGAUGGGGAAAUCUCUAAUGUAACAGACAGUGAGAUCUGCCAUAAAUGUCUUGAUGACCAUUGGCCAGAUGAGAGAAAAGUGAAAUGUAUUCCUAAAACAUAUGACUAUCUCUCCUAUGAGGUGGACAUACUGUCUCAAGCCUUUUAUAUUAUUUCUGUAUUAUGCUCUGCCGUAACUCUCUAUAUGCUGGCAUUGUUUAUUUUAUUCCGGGACACUCCAAUUGUGAAAGCCAAUAACCGGACUGUGAGCUUCAUCCUCCUGACCUCCAUCUUGCUGAGCUUCCUUUGUGUCUUCUUGUUCCUCGGACGUCCUGUGGAUAUAACCUGUAUGCUGAGACAAAUGUCAUUUGGGAUCUUCUUCUCCAUCGCUGUCUCUUCUGUUCUGGCCAAGACCAUUACUGUCUACAUUGCCUUCAGAGCCUCCAAGCCUGGCAGCUACUGGAGGAAGUGGGUGGGAGAGAAGAUUUCGAAUUCUGUUGUCAUAAUCUGCUCCUCUGUCCAAGUUCUGAUCUGUGUUAUUUGGCUGUCAGUGUCUCCUCCCUACCAAGAGUAUGACAUGGACUCCUAUCCUGGGAAGAUUAUCAUUCAGUGUAAUGAAGGGUCAGUUAUCGGCUUCUACUCUGUGUUGGGUUAUAUGGGGUUUCUGGCAGCUGUGAGUUUUCUUCUGGCUUUCAUGGUGAGGACAUUACCGGACAGUUUUAAUGAGGCCAAGUACAUCACCUUCAGCAUGCUGGUUUUCUGCAGUGUCUGGAUUGCCAUGAUCCCGGCCUAUCUGAGCACCAGAGGGAAAUACAUGGUGGCUGUGGAAAUAUUCGCCAUAUUGGCCUCCAGUGCUGGAUUAUUGGGAUGUAUAUUUUUUCCUAAAUUCUACAUCAUUAUCAUUAAACCAGAGAGAAAUUCCAGAAAACAUAUACUGACCAAAGUCAAAUUAUAAUAUACAUAUUUAAACAUUAAAGUGGAUGUAAACCCUCCAUACACCCAGUGAA